AUGGCAGUUGCAGCACGCCCGUCCUGCGACUCGUGGUGGACAUCGACCUCCCGUUCGUGGACCCUUGGUGGGGCCAGCACGCCCAUCCUGGGACCCGUAGUGGACAUUGCCCACCCGUCCUGGGGCUCGUGGCAGACAUCUGCCCAUCCCGGGACACACGGCAUGCCUGGGCCACCUGUCCCAGAACCCGUUGCGGACAUCGCCCACCCGUCCUGGGACCCGUGGCGGGCCAGGCCUGCCUGUCUUGUAACACGUGGUGGGCCCUGCCUGCCCGUCCCGGGACACAUGGCGGGCCCGCCCUGCGACACGUGGAGGACAUUGCCAGCCAGUCCCGUGACCCAUGGCGGGCCAAGCCCACCUGUCCAAGGACACGUUGCGGACAUUGCCCGCCUGUCACGGGACCAGUGGCAGACCCGACCUGCCCGUCACGGGACACUUGGAAGACAUGACCCACCUGUCCUGGGACUCAUGGCAGACAUCGCCCGCCCAUCCAGGUAUCUGUGGCAGGCCCGCCCCAGGACACUUGGCGGACAUCGCCCGCCAGUCCUGGGACCUGUGGUGGACAUCGCCUGCCCAUCCCAGGACCAGUGGCACCCCUGGGCCACCCGUCCAGUGACACGUGGCGGGCCCGGCCCACCAAUCCCAGGACACAUGGCGGGCCCGGCCUCGGACACGUGGCGGACAUCGCCCACCUGUCCUGGGACAUGUGGCAUAAAUUGCCCACCUGUCCCGGGAAUUGUGGCGGACAUCGCCCGCCCAUCCAGGGACCUGUGGCGGGCCAGGCCCGCCUGUCCGGGGACACAUGGUGGACAUUGCCAACCCAUCCUGGGACCUGUUGCAGAAAUCGCCCGCUAUCCCAGGACACUUGGCGGACCUUUACCUCCCGUCCCGGGACACGUGGCAGAUGUCACCCCCUCAUCCCGGGACCCGCGGCAGGACCAGCCCACCCGUCCAGUGACCUGUGGCGAGCCCAGCCCACACAUCCCGGGACAUUGCCUGCCCAUCCCGGUACCUGUGGUGGGCCCAGCCCGGCCGUCCCGGGACACGUGGCGGACAUUUCCUGCCCGUCCCAGGACCACAGCGGGCCCAGCCCAGCCGUUCCGGUACACAUGGCGGACAUCGUCUACCCGUCCUGGGACAUGA